AUGGAGGACGCGGAAACGUCCAUUAAAAUUGAAGAGCGACACCGAGGGUUCUUCUGCCUCUGCAACCUUGAGGAGCGUUGCGGCAAGAAACUUCCGAGUGGAUUCAGGAGAUCGGAACGCCAGCGGUUCAACGGCAAGGAAGAGGAGGACGGCGACGAUGGUUCGACCGCAUGGGAGAUCCUCGAGCUGCUCGGCACCAUCAAGACGAUCCACUCUCACGAUGCGGAGCAAUUCGCUGAGAACGUCAAGCCAUACUUGGACUCAUCUGGGAAUCUUCAGCGCUUCAGAGCCUGGCCCUUGAGUACAGAGGUCAGGUUCUUUGUCAAAGCUCUGAUUCCUCAAGAACGGAACGCCGUCGAGAGUCAUGCUGAAGUGGCCAACAAGUACUCACAAAAGCUGGAGAUUACUGCAAUUGUCACGCCGCCCGCCGCGCCAUCGACGGGAAAACCGGCGUGCAGUUGGUAUCACCAGAAGAGCUUCUGCGUCGUGAUUUCACAGGUUGACGAGAUCGAUUGCGAUGUGUUCAUCAAAGGGGACGCGCAGGCUAAACAAAUUCAGGAUCUCCGGAACGACAAGAACGACAUCAGAGUACUCACGGAGAGGUCAGCUGUGCUGAAGACGCAGCUUCGGAACGAAGAAAAGGAUCUAGUGAAAGCAGAGGAGAAGCUUGCAAAGGCGAAUACCAUGGUAGACAGUCUGACGCCCAAGCGGCCUGGGUCGCUGGCAAUCAAGAGAGAGGAGAACCCUCAAUCGUACCGUACUCAGAAAUCCCUGGACGAGACUGAAUGGCAGCUCGCACGCUACGAGCCUGGCAGGCAGGAGAGCCGUUGGGAUUGCCCACGCUCCGUCACAGGCAUCCCUCGGUUUCGCCAGUGGCUUGUGGAUUCGACGUCGGAACGGAGACAAGAGCAGCUUGAUGCGCUGCUGAAUGCGCUACAACGGUUGUUUUCGAGCAUCCACUGCUGGUCUCUGAUUAACAGCGAUGGCAAUGCGAUACACAUUCCCCACGACCUCAUCGAGGAUUUGCUGUCCAGAACUCAUAAGAAGUCCAUGGAGGAGCUCGAGUCGCAGGUCGAUCACGGUUUCACAUUAAUCGAGACCCUUGACCCGUUCAACCAGAAAGAUUAUGCACGAAAACUUUGCAAGCGCGAGUCUGCCAAAGCCGCCACGAGUGCAAGGGUGGGCCUGUAUUACGGCCAGGGAAGGGAGAAGAGGGAUUAUAACUUCCCUGAAGCCAUGGCCGUUGCCCUCCUGGAAAACGUCUUGGAAGUUUGGCACAAGACGUGCUGGGUUGAAAUCCCCUCGGCCAAGAGGUCCAUCCCCGAGUUCCUCGGUUCGCUGCGCGACCAGCUGGCGCCUAUGUUGGAGGCUAGCCUGCAAUUCGUGGGAACGGGCCAUUUCCAGCAGCGCCGCCGCUACCUCUACGAAUGUGUCAGGGAGGAGAGCAACGAUAUAUUCGACGCCGGCUACAACAAGAUGCACCGAAAGUACAAGAACAAGGUUGCCCAGCUGCUUGGGGCUCUCGCCGAAAUGGUUUCGUUUGCCGGCGUCAAGGUCAGGACGCAGAUCGCGCUGAUGCUUGACGGGCUCGAGGACGCCAGCGGCAAGGAAUGGGCCGUCGCUGCAACAGCGCCUGCAGACGGCCAUCAUGGAAUGGCAGAUGGAUUGGCCGUUUCCCAAGUUGAAUGAGGGCUGCUUCAGAAGGGAGGACGCUC